AUGGAACAGCUAGUGGCACUGCCUUUCCACGCUGGCACCGUCCUGCUGAGCUACGCCGAUGACCUCGCCCUCGUCGUCACCGGAAGGGGCAACAAGCUCAGGAGGACGCAGCAGGCACUCGACCUCAUCAGCGGGAAAUGCCAGGACCUGGGGCUCAAGAUCUCGGCAGAGAAGUCCCGGGCCAUGAUGGUGAAGGCGGCAGACCCAACCUGGCAGCUCCGCGUCCAGGGAGUUGAGCUGGCAUGGACCAACUCCUACCAGUACCUCGGUGUGUGGGUGGACAAGCGGCUGUCCUUCACAGCCCACGCCGCCUACCUGAGGGAGAGGACGCAGUCUAGGCUGAACGUGAUGCGGGCCAUGACGCGAAUCAGCGCGGGCGCCACUUUUUCCGUCCUGCGCCAGUACUACGUGCACGCUGUUCGCUCGCUGGUGGAUUACAGCGCCCCCGUCCUCAUAGCACUCUCUCCAAACCAGCAGGAGCGGAUCGAGGUGCUACAAAACACCGCAAUGAGGACCAUGCUGGGGGCACCGAGGUGGUCCAGCGCAUGCGUCAUGCAGAGCGAGACCAGACUGGUACCCCUCACCACCAGGGUACAGCAGAUCACGGCCUGCCGCGUAGCGAGGGUGCUGCAGCGUGACGCGGAGGGAGUGACACAGAGGAGACUAAGGCUGGCGGGGACGCAGGGUGCCGAAUCUCUCCGCCGCAACCCGUGGCUGCUGCAGUGCACGCUGGCUACCCACAACCUGGCUCGCAUGGAGAACUGGCCACAGGCGGACCUCCCUGCCCCCACCUUCCGCGCCCCACCCCCGUGGGAGCCACCCGCGGCAGAGUUCUCCGCCACACAGCUGCCCGCCAGCAAGGCGCUCUGCGCCGUGGAGGAGAUGCGGCAGCACGCCUUCAUGGCCAUGGCGCAGGUCACCGAGCCAGACAGUGUUGUGUACUACACCGACGGCUCGGCUGACCCUGACAGCGGAAGGACGGGCGCUGCUGCCAUCACCAGAGGGGCCGAGGUGUGUGAGAGGACUCCUGACCACUGCUCCACCCUGCAGACAGAACUGGUGGCCAUCCUGCUGGCCCUGGAGCACGCUCAACACCGGCGGGAGCGCACCGUGGUGCUCCACACCGACUCCAGAACGGGGCUACAGGCUCUACAACAGCCGUAUCCCAGCGACAACGUGGGCCUCGUCACCGCCAUCCUGGGUAGCCUCCAGAGCCUCGCCGCGCAGGGGCGGCGGGUGAGGCUCAACUGGAUACCCAGCCACGUGGGAGUACGAGGCAACGAGGCUGCUGACGCAGCCGCCAAGAGAGCUGCUAGUGGCCCCCAGGUGACAAGGCAUGUGCCGCCCAGCCUGAGCCAAGUGAGGGCGCGAGCCAGGCUCGCCGCAACCAAGCGCGCCCGCCACACGCACCGGCAGCUGGAAACAAGGAAGAGACAGGCAGCUUGGUACGCCUCCACCACUGGCUACCAGUCGUUGGACGCCUCCCAGCAGCAGCCCAGAGCAGACGGCGUGUUGCUGCAACGCGUAAGGCUGGGCUACUGCACCAGGGAACAGCUGUACGACGACUUUCGGGGGCAGGAGUGCGACCACUGCGGGAGGCACAGCCGCCACCCGCUAGUGCACUACCUACUGUCCUGUCCGGCCACCGCCGCCCUCAGACCAACGCCGCCACCACCGGCCCAUCCUGUAGGCGGUGAUCUCAGCAGCCGCGAGGCCAGGGCUGCCCUCAUCGUCCGCCACACGCCCACAGACCUGAUGCUGCGAGUUCUCAGGGCAGCGCCCCCGCCCCGCUGA